AUGUGUAGGAGAGUCCACCAUAUCUAUCUAUCUAUAUCAUUCUGUUCAUAUUCAUCUAUCUAUCUAUCUAUCUAUCUAUCUAUCUAUCUAUCUAUCUAUCUGAUUUGUUCAUAUUCAUCUAUCUAUACAUCUAUCCAUCUAUCUAUCCAUUCUGUUCAAAUAUAUAUAUCUAUCUAUCUAUAUCUAUCUAUCUAUCUAUCCAUCCAUCGAAUUCUCCAAUCAUUAUCUAUCUAUCUAUCUAUCUAUCUAUCUAUCUAUCCAUCUAUCUAUCCUCAUUCUGUUCACAUUCAUCUAUCUAUCUAUCCAUCUAAUUCUCACAUCCAUCUAUCUAUCUAUCUAUCUAUCUAUCUAUCCAUCUCAUUCACACACAUAUACAUCUAUCUAUCUAAUUUGUUCACUAUUCAUCUAUCUAUCUAUCUAUCAUAUCAUCUAUCUAUCUAUCCUAUUCUGUUCAUAUUCAUUCAUCUAUCUAUUCAUCUAUCUAUCUCAUUCUGUUCAUAUUCAUUCAUUCAUUCAUUCAAUAUAUUCAAUUCUCAUAUUCAUUCCAUUCAUUCAUCUAUCUAUUCAUCUAUCUCAUUCUGUUCAUAUCUAUUCAUCUAUCUAUUCAUUCAUUCAUCUAUCUAUCUAUCUAUCUAUUCAUUCUCUGUAUCAUUAUCUAUCUAUUCAUCUAUCUAUUCAUUAUCUAUCCAUUCAUAUCUAAUUCUGUUCAUAUUCAUCUAUCUGUUCAUCUAUCUAUCUCAUUCUACUUUACACUCAUCAGAGCGUUAUGGCCUACCCUAUCUCCUCACUUCUUUCUUUCUUUCUUUGUUUUCUUUGUUUUCUUUGUUUUCUUUUUUUUCUUUUUUUUCUUUUUCUUUUUUUUUCUUUUUUUUCUUUUUUUUCUUUAUUACGUAUGCUUUUAUCUUUUCUUCUCUUUAA